AUGUCAGUUAAAUCAACCGAAAACUUCCCGCUUGCCAGAUAUAGGGCUGGCGGUGGACAUCCGACUGGUCAGCGCAACGGUAUAGAGGAAAAUCUGGAAGAGUCCUUCCUAAGUCAUUUCACCCAGUUAUUCAACAAAUAUGCCGGACCCAACGGCACCUGGCGUCGAGACCAAAUUGGUCUCUUCAUGCACCACGUCCAAGUUGAAAACCCAGAAGGCCUGGCCAGUUACCUUGUCGAUCAGGAUGAGCUAAAUCUGCCCGAACUCAUCAAGUAUCUCACAUCACCAUGCGGCAACAUUCUCGAAAUGGCAUCUCCACAAGACCUGACCUGGCCAUUGAACAACUACUUUAUCAGCUCAAGCCACAACACAUACCUCACAGGGAACCAACUUUCCAGCGACUCGAGCACUGAAGCGUACAAAGACGCCUUGCUUCGUGGAUGUCGCUGCAUCGAAAUAGAUGUCUGGGACGGUAAAGAACAGUGGAAGCCAGGAUUCGGCUCAGAGGAUGACGUCGAGAGAGAAGCCAAGGAUACUUCUCGGGAAGCGGCGCCAAGGAAAAUGGGCUUUGCAGAUCGAGCCAUCAUCAAGAUUGGGCGCUGGGCCAUGAAUAAGUUUGAUCCCGUUGAUCCUGACGGCAGAACGAUUGAUGAUAGACUCUUGGAUGUUAUUGACGCCGAGCCAAGAGUUCUUCAUGGCUUCACCCUUACCAAAGAGGUUCUUUUCCGCGACGUCUGCCAGACCGUCAAAGAGUAUGCGUUCACCACGUCUGAUCUUCCACUCAUCGUCAGUCUGGAAGUCCACUGCUCUCCACUGCAACAAGGCGCAAUGGUCAACAUCAUGGAGGAGGUCUGGGCUGACUAUCUUCUCCCUAUACCCGAGUUUGAAUCCGAUUGCCUGCCAUCUCCUCAUGAGUUGAGGAACAAGAUUCUCAUCAAGGUGAAGUACGUUCCGGAGGACAGCCAGGGAAAGGGCAAGGACACGCCUGAUAGUACGGAUGAUGAGAGCAUGCUCGAGGUUGUUGUGGAGGGAGACGAGAAGAAGGUCAAGAAGGUCAAGCCGCCCAAGAUCAUACCGCGCCUGAGCCGUCUUGGUAUUCAUACUCGAGGGAUUAGUUUCAAAUCACUCGAGGAGCCCGAAGCGUCGAUGCCGAAUCAUAUCUUCUCGCUUUCAGAGAAUGCAGCCUUUGCGAUUCAGAGACGCAUGCCAAAGGCGCUCUUCUCGCACAACAGACAGUUUCUCAUGCGGACGUAUCCUCAUGGUAUGCGGUUUGACUCGUCCAACUACGAUCCUGUCAUUUUCUGGCGCGCUGGUGUCCAGGUCGUGGCUCUCAACUGGCAAUCGUGGGACCUGGGCAUGGUGCUCAACGAGGGCAUGUUUAUGGGCUCAGAUGGAUAUGUUCUUAAGCCUGAGGGAUACCGUCAUGACCCGAGCCAACAGCAUAGCAUCGAGGAGUCUCACAUCCCUAGUAAGAUAUUGGAGAGAGUGGCUAUAACAAUCAUCGCAGCACAGAACCUUCCUUUACUCAACCGUCAUGAUGAUCCCGCCAAGUUCAUUCCUUACGUCAAGAUCGGCCUACAUACUGAGCCAGAUGCCCUAUCAGCGAUGGUCGACGAGAACGCUACAGCCGAGCAAGUCAAACAAGUUGGGUACAGUGGCGAAACAGGCAAAAGCAAAGGUACCAGUCCGGACUUUGGAGGUGAGACGGUGGAGUUUCUCAACGUCGAAGGUGUUGUUCCAGAACUGGCUUUCCUUUCAUUUAGGGUCAUGAACGAUGUACCUGGGCCCGAUGUGAUGGCUGCUUGGGCUUGUGUUCGUUUGGACAGGCUGAGGCUUGGAUAUCGGUUCUUGAGAUUGCUGGAUAAGGAGGGUAUGCCGAGCAAGGGUAUAUUGUUGGUGAAAAGUGAAAUCAGGGAAGCUAUUUAG